AUGUGGCUGCUCUCCAGAAUGGCUCUGCGCGCUCGCAAACCACCUGCUCCCUGCAAUCGCAAGGCGCUCGCGGAGUUCAUGAACAGCGCGAUCCUCCCCAUCUUUUUGACCCAAAGCGUCCUGAAUGCGUUGUAUGGUAUCGCGCUUUUUGACAAUGCCGCAGGCCCAGGACAGCGCGAUGAGCAGGCGCGUCGCCACGGGAACUUGCCUGGCGCCAUUGAGCGUAGGCAUCGGGUGGCCUUCGAUAAGACACUCAUCGACGAGGCUGCGGAUCAGUUCCUCGCGGGCGCGGGUGCAGAGCAGACCCCAUCUUCGCCAGAGAUGGACGGGCUCAUGAGAGGUGGCACUCGUGAAGCUGAUACCGACAGCGGUGGAGAGAACGGCCGUGGGGGCGGCGGCAGAAAGAGCGCGGGUGGCGGUAGCGGUGUUGGGAGUCCCGGCGUGAAUGGCGUUGGCGAAGAUGCCAGAAUGAAUGACGAUGCCGAUGGUAGCAGUAUCGCCUCGCUGCCCGCGUUUCGCUCGAACCUCAGCAGGACGCUCCAAGAAGAACCGGAGAAACUGGCCGAUCAACUGCGUUACUUCUGUGAAGAAGUCCAAGGCCAGGUGGACGAGGGGCAGCGUCGUCUGCGAUCUCUUGAGACUCGCAUUGCAGAGCUUGACGACCAGGUUGACGCCAAAGUCCGGCGUAUCAAAGAUCUCGAGAGACACAUCACCAACAAGAAUCGUCAUGCCGAGAGCCUCGCGAACGACAUCGCCGACAAGAAUCGUCGCGCCGCCGAGAAGCUCGACAAAGAAAUCGUCAACAGAAACCGUCGCGCUGCCGAGAAGCUCGAGAAAGACAUCGUCAACAGGAACCGUCGCGCUGCCGAGAAGCUCGAGAAGCUCCAGAAAGACAUCGCCGAAAAGAGUCGCCAUACCGAGAAGCUUGAAAAGGACAUUGCCAGCAAGAGUCAUCGUACCCAGGAUGCUGACAAACUCAUAAGCAAGAAAGAGUCGCAGUAUGUACAGCUCGCACAGAACAUCUGUAACGAUGAAUCGCAUACCCGCCAGCUUGAUGAAGACACAAUAAACAAAGAGCUCCAGCUUCAGCAGCUCGAACCGGACAUUGGCGGCAAAGAGGUCCAGGGCCAACAGCUCGAAGAAACUCCCGUCACGAACAGUCUCACGAAUCAAAGCAAACACGCAGACGACAUGGGCGGCCGCUUCUUCCUCCCGCUCUCUUCCCUUCUCCCCGCCCUCCAAACCCGCCUCGACCCCAUUCGCUUCCCUCCUUCGUCGUCUCAUCUACCACCAAACCAAGCUAACACGCCCGACCACCACCACUUUGAGCAGCUUUUGGGAAGCAUUGGUCAGAACAUUGAGAGCGGGCCUCUGGGUUUGGUGCUGAAGGAGUUGAGGCAAGCCGUGGAUGUUGUGUCUGGGGGCGAUACAGAAUGUGGGUUGGCAAAGGAUUGUGAACAAAUGAACAAAGCCAUUGUGGAAGGGCAAGAGACCAGGGGAAGAGAUUGUGACCAGAUCAACUCGCUGACUCGUCAAUCCCCCGACAACCCUUCCCACGGCCUUGUCUCGAUGCACAAAGCUAGGCAAUGUGACGUUCUCUCCACUGCCGGCUUACAGAGUAUAGAGCUUCGCAACCAGCUUUCAUACCAGUUCUGUUCCACGCAAAUACUUUCACGCAAAUACCCGGUAGGAGAAAAGACGACAGCUUAUGUGUGGUAUGGAGACAGUGAGUGGCAGUGUGCCGCUGCUGUCGGGACCUCAAUCCCGUUUAGAGACCAAACAGCAAAUUUUCCAGGCCUGGCACGUCCGAGCAUUAGACACAAGGACUCGGGAGUGAUGCACACAGCAGUGAUCACUCCGCUAUCUUACAUUCGCAAAAAUUCGAGAUUGCUAGGAAGUGCGCCUCGUGCCCGACUGUACGUAGAGGAAACCGUGAACCUAAUGAGCUCCGACGACGUUAUAAUAGUUGCGGAACAAUGUUCGAAAAAUUUCCCUGCCUCGCUUGUGUAG